CAUACAUAAAUAUGGAGCAGGCAUCCAAGAACCUCAGAAUCACUGUUGUGAGCAGGAGUCGACUGGAACUUGACAUUUUAUACCGGAUUGCGAUUCAAUAGAAUCUUUCGGAAUGAAUAAAGCAAUCUGUAUUAUUUUGCUCUUGACCGUAGGGCUCUAUUUCUGCGAAGGAGGUGAGAAUAUUUAUUUUGAUUCUCAUUUUAAUAUUUUUUCAUCUUUAGUUAUUCUAUUGUGAAAAUAAUGUAUUUGGCUUAUUAUAAUUAUACCUUUACUGUACAUAAGGUGUUUUCGAUUUAUCUGAAUUGUUUGUUAAAGAUGAGAACGCUUGUAAUGGAAAAAAAUAGAUAAAUGGAUAAAGUAAUGAAUAUUAGUUUUGUAUAGCCUUCUAAACUUUUGCCAUAUAUUUUCAGUGGAUCCUUGCUGUGCACAACCAUGUGAAAAUAGGGGGCUAUGUAAUUCAAAAGGCUUUGACGACUAUGAGUGUGACUGCACAAGGACAGGAUAUUAUGGAAAGAACUGCACAACUCGUAAGUUAAACAUGUUCAGUAAUACAGAUUAUUCGAACGAUAUAAUGGUACAUCCUUAUUAAUGUGAUUUGUUCGAUAUUGUUGUUAUAAAUAUUUCCCAAUUCUAUCCAUUCUGCAGCUGAAUUCCUAACAUGGAUAAAAAUAUCAUUGAAACCAGCCCCGAACACUAUGCACUACGUCCUUACUCACUACAAAGGGGUGUGGAACGUCAUCAACAAGAUCACUUUUGUGAGAAAUGCUAUAAUGAGCUAUGUCCUGACAUGUAAGUUGAAAUAGUAUAACAUUGUUGUCAGUGCAUUCUAGAAGUUUAAGAUUAAUAUUUGUCUAUGAAUAAAAUAAUGUUGAGUCAAUUGAUUAUUUGGAUAUAUGAUAUUUACUGAUAUGGGAAGUGUGGAGAUAAAGUAAGACAAGAAGAAGGAAAUAAUACAUGAAAAAUAUGUUUCAGUCAUAAGUCUUACAUUAAAUUAAAAAGAUUACAUCUUAGCUCAGCUUCUUAACAAAAUAAAUAAUGUUGCCUUUGCCUCUGUAGCCCGCUCACAUUUGGUGGACAGCCCCCCGACUUACAAUGCUGAUUAUGGCUACAAGAGCUGGGAGGCCUACUCCAACCUGUCUUACUACACACGGACCCUCCCCCCAGUGCCAAAGGACUGCCCUACACCUAUGGGAACCGCAGGUGAUGAGCUCACUCCUAACCAGUCUUUUGGAAUUCCUUACAGCUUACCUGAGAUCAUGGAAACCUUAAAAAUUCUCCUCAGACGGGUUCAUCAAUCAUUCCCAACAGUCGAAAGUCACAGACUUCCCAAGUGUCCAAAACGAGACUGAACAAUAUGGCAGUCAUAUGAACAUUAGUUUAACAGUCGUUAGUAACAAAAUAAAGAUUUUGUUGAGAUAGAACCCCAAUUAUGUUGCUGACAUCUUCUUUUGUCUCAUGAUAGGAAGAGCAGUGCUUCCAGAUGCCAAGCUUGUGGUGGAGAAGGUUAUGUUGAGGAAGCGGUUCAUUCCUGAUCCUCAGGGUUCCAAUCUCAUGUUCGCCUUCUUCGCCCAGCACUUCACCCACCAGUUCUUCAAAUCAGACUUCAAGAAAGGACCAGCUUUCACCAAAGCCUUGGGCCAUGGCGUAAGUCUUAUUUACAAUACAUGACAAAUAGUGGGUCUGUCACAUGAAAAUAUGUUUCCAUUUUGUUUCAUGGUUGACUUUAACUUAGGCUAGGAGUGUAUGUUUGGACUCACUUUUUACCUCUGUGUUUAAGGUGGACUUAAACCAUGUCUAUGGAGACACUCUGGAGAGACAGCACAAGCUGAGGCUGUUCAAGGAUGGCAAACUGAAGUAUCAAGUUGUGAAUGGCGAGGUCUACCCCCCAUUGGUAAGGGAGGUUGGGGCCGAGAUGCAUUACCCACCCCACGUGCCUGAGGAGCACCGCUUCGCUGUGGGCCACGAGCAUUUCGGCUUGGUCCCCGGCCUCAUGAUGUAUGCCACCAUCUGGCUGCGCGAGCACAACCGUGUCUGUGGCAUCAUGAGGCAGGAGCAUCCCGAAUGGGACGACGAACGCAUCUUCCAGACCACACGCCUCAUUCUAAUUGGUGAGUCACCAGUACCAAAACUGGACAUGCAUACUGUACCUACUGGUCAUAAACACUUCAGGUCCUUAUGAUGGGAAUCGUGUAUCAAAGUAUGGCAAUGUUCGAGUGUGUUCUAGAAAUGGUACAAUGCAUUCAGAUUAAAACCGCUCUGUAUGAAACAGAUCAAAAUUAUAUUUGGGUGUCAGGUAUUUCUUGAGAAAUAUCUCACCAACCUCAAGGAGUCUCAUGCAUUCUCUCAUUCCCUCUCUUCCUUCUUUCCUGGCUUGCAGGCGAGACCAUUAAGAUCGUGAUCGAGGACUACGUCCAGCACCUGAGUGGCUACCACUUUCAGCUCAAGUUCAACCCAGAGCUCCUCUUCAACCAGCGCUUCCAGUACCAGAACCGUAUCGCAGCCGAGUUCAAUACCCUGUACCACUGGCACCCACUGAUGCCUGACACCUUCAACAUCGAGGACCGCGCCUACACCUACCCCCAGUUUGUCUUCAACAACUCCCUGGUCACAGACCAUGGCAUCAACAACCUGGUGGAGUCGUUCACCAAGCAGAUCGCUGGAAGGGUGAGUUGUCUGGUAGGGUGGACACAGUGGGGUCCAAUGGGGAAUAGUGGAAAUGGGUGGACACUGUAAGAUCCUAACAACAACAGUCUUUCAUUGAGGGCUAAGUGACAACUCUUUUGACACCUUUUUUUCAAAGUAAAAAUAUCUUUUUGGGGUAUAGUGUAUGUUGUCAAUCUCAUUCAUAUAAAGCCAAUAUUAGAUACAGGUGUUGUUGCCCUACUAAGUGAACACCUCUAAAACUCCAGUGCCCUUAUACAGCUCCACUCAUUUAUUAAUAAUUUAGCAUAUAAAGUUGAUAUAAGUUGAUAUUGACAGAGGAUCUUGAUUCCCUUUGGUUUCCAGGUGGCUGGUGGACGGAACCUGCCUCCUGCAUUAGUGGGCAUGGCAGCUAAGGCCUUGGAGCACAGCAGAGACAUGCGUUACCAGUCCCUCAACGCCUACAGGAAACGCUUCAACAUGAGGGCCUACACCUCCUUUGAGGACCUCACAGGUGAGAACUAAAACCACAUACACAUCAUAUUAUGAUAUUUAUAUAUCCUCAAUCUAACAGUUACCUAGUUACUGGGUGAAAGGUUACAUUUAGUAAGCACAGGUGCAUGGCAACUGAAGUAGUUCCUGAAUAAAGUGACAGGAUUGGUUCAGUCAGGCCCAGCUGUUUUGUUAUUGGCAUGGUUACCACCUCCAUGACAGCUGCUGAUAGAGAGUGGACAGGGAGUGGCUGUUGCCUUUUAUGCACUUAAGGUGUAUCAUUAAAGUCUGCACCUGUAAUCUUCAACGUACAAUGACAUACACAGUUACACUCUCACAUGAGAUUCACACAAGAUCCAAGUGUAUGGUGUCUGUACUUGCAUCUGAGUUCCUAUAAAGAUCAGAACACAGACUUGUCAUAACAUGCACCUUGUUCGUUUACUUAUUUCUUUGUGAGCUGAGGAUUUAUUGCAUGCCUUUCUUUAGCUGCAUUGCGGUAUAGACAUUUGUGACUAGCAGGCUAGAUUUAUUAACCCUUUGUUUGUUGUUCUGUUGGUGUUGCAGGAGAGACAGAGCUGGCUGCAGAGCUAGAGACUCUAUAUGGGGACGUAGAUGCUGUGGAGCUGUACCCAGGCCUUCUGGUGGAGCGCCCCAGACCUAACUCUGUUUUCGGGGAGACUAUGGUCGAGAUGGGUGCCCCCUACUCCCUGAAAGGUCUCCUGGGAAACCCCAUUUGCUCGCCGGAAUACUGGAUGCCCAGCACGUUCGGUGGGAGUGUGGGCUUUGACAUCGUCAACACUGCUUCAUUGGAGAGGCUGGUGUGCAGCAAUGUCAAGGGUUCUUGUCCGAUGGUGUCCUUUCAAGUGCCUGAAUUUUUGAGAGCAUUUGAGUCGGCGUCAGUCAACACAAGUGAGGCACACAUGAAUGACAUGAACCCAGGUGUUCUGUUCAAAGAAAGUUCUUCAGAGCUUUAAAGAACUAAAGCUCCAGGUUUUAUUCAAAUACACAUACACAAAUACACAGUGUCUCAGUGUUCUAAAGCUGCUCUCAUUUUAGGUUGUUUUACUCUAUUU